AUGGCCUAUAUCGCCCCCAUUCACCGGCCAAGCAGCGUCAGGCAUGCCCUAAAGCUCAACUUCCUGGCUCCCGAAGACGACUGCCUGGUGGUCGCAAAGUCAAAUCGGCUCGAAUUCUAUACACACGAGGCAGAUGGAUUGGUCCUGAAACAUUCAAAGGCCAUCUAUGGCAAAGUCACCAUGCUCCAGAAGCUGCGACCAGCACUAUCUCCCACCGACCACCUCUUUGUUGGCACCGACCGCUUCAUGUAUUUUACCCUGUCAUGGAACGCCGAAAAGAAACAGCUCCAGACUGAGAAGUCGUUUGCGAGCGUCGCCGAUAAUGCGGCCAGAGAGUCGCAAACGGGCGAGAGAUGUCACAUUGAUCCCACUGGCCGCUUCAUGACUAUCGAGGUCUACGAGGGCAUCCUCACAGUCAUACCAUUGGUCCAGAGAGGAAAGAAGAGAAAGCAAGAGGCGGACAUUGCCCAUCUGGGCGAUCCUCAGCCGGUUCGAUUGCCUGAAAUGUUUGUCCGCUCAUCCGCUUUCCUACGCCCGCGAUCCACAGACGAUAAGCCCAAGAUGGCUCUACUUUACGAAGAUACACAUGCCCAAGUCAAGCUGAGAUUACGAGAAUUGACAUAUGCCGGUGAUGAGGUCGACCUGCAAGAGGGAGAAACCUGCAAGAGCGAGCUGGAACUUGGUUCAAGCCACUUGAUCCCUCUUGAGGAACCAUCGCAUGGCCUGGUAGUCAUUGGAGAGACAUCGAUCGGAUACUUUGAUGACGGGAGCGGAGAGUUGCAAACAGAGCCGCUUGAUGAAGCGACCAUCUUUGUGGCUUGGGAGCGCAUCGACGCCCAGCGUUUCGUCCUCGCCGACGACUAUGGUCGUCUCUACAUGUUCAUGCUAGUCCUAAGCGCACAAGGGAGGGUACAAUCAUGGAAACUUGAUGUUAUCGGCCAGACGUCCCGUGCAUCGACCCUGGUUUACCUAGACGCUGGCUACGUAUUCGUGGGCUCACACCAAGGCGACUCGCAAGUCAUCCGAAUUGCCGAGAAAUCAAUGGAGAUUGUCCAAACCUUUUCCAAUAUUGCUCCCAUUCUUGAUUUUACUAUAAUGGAUAUGGGCAACAGAUCUGGCGAGGGUCAAACCAACGAAUACUCCUCUGGCCAAGCACGAAUAGUGACCGGCAGUGGUGCCUAUCAAGACGGUAGUCUCCGAAGCGUUAGAAGUGGCGUUGGCCUGGAAGACCUUGGUGUAUUGGGCGAGAUGGAGCACAUUUCUGAGCUAUUCAGCUUAAAGUCAGCUGCUUCUGCUCAGUACAUAGAUACACUGUUGGUGAGCUUUGUGGGCGAAUCGCGCGUUUUCCGAUUUGAUUCCCAGGGCGAAGUCGAGGAAGUGGACGAGUUUGUCUCGCUCGCCCUCGAUGAGACAACACUGGCUGCAGCGAAUAUUCCACAAGGCCGCAUCGUCCAAGUCACCAAUGGCCGUGCUCGAAUCUGUGAUCUGGACGGUGGCAUGAUCACAUCGGAAUGGGUGCCAACAGACGGCAAGACGAUCACUGCCGCCUCAGUCAACGAGACCCAUGUUCUGGUAUCACUGGGUGGCGUCACCAUAGUCUCCCUGAGCAUGGCCGACGGGUUACAGGUGGUUAAAGAGAAGACGUUUGGCGCUGAGAGCCAGGUUGCUUGCGUUACCUUGCCCUCUGGAACCAGCUCCACUUGUUUUGUUGGCUUCUGGAACAACUCACAGCUUGCCAUAUGCUCACUCGAUACUCUUGAGGCCGUAAAAACUGUUCAAAUAUCCGACGACUCUGUUCCGCGCUCAUUGCUCCUUACACAGAUAUUCCCUGAUCAACCACCAUCACUUUUUGUUGCUUUGGCUGAUGGAAAUGUUGUCACAUACACAUUUGACCCGUCAAACCACGAGCUUUCCGGAAGGAAGAGUAUCGUGCUUGGAACACGCGAAGCUACCUUCCGCGCUCUACCACGAGGCGAUGGUCUCUUUAACGUGUUUGCGACAUGUGAACAUCCCUCUCUGAUCUACGCGUCAGAAGGCCGCCUUGUAUACUCUGCUGUCACCGCCGAAAAAGCGACAACAGUCUGCCCGUUCGAUUCAGAAGCAUACCUUGGUUCCGUUGCGAUCGCCACAUCUCAAGACCUCCGCAUUGCGCUUGUAGACACCGAAAGAACUACCCACGUACAAACACUCAAGGUUGAUGAGACGGUACGGCGGAUAGCCUACUCACCGAAUCUGAAAGCCUUUGGUCUUGGCACGAUAAAGCGCAUACUGAAGCAUGGAGAGGAGAUUAUGCUGAGCCACUUCAAGCUUGUCGACGAAAUACAAUUCAAAGAACUCGACACAUAUGCGCUCAACGAAGAAGAGCUGGUCGAAUGCGUCAUGCGUUGCGAGCUACCAGACGGCUCUGGUGGGCUAGCAGAGCGCUUUGUUGUCGGUACCGCAUACAUUGAUGAUCAGAACACGACAUCUGAACGGGGUCGUAUUAUCGUCUUGGAAGUCACACCCGAGCGCAUACUCAAGCUCGUCACCGAGAUUGCCGUAAAAGGCGGAUGCAGGUGCCUAGCUAUAUGCCAAGGCAAGAUUGUUGCUGCGCUCAUAAAGACAAUCAUCGUGUAUGAUUUUGAAUACCGAACUCCCAGCACACCUGAUCUCGUCAAACUUGUAUCAUUCCGAUGUUCAACAGCCCCAAUAGACGUCACAGUGAACGGCUCCUUGAUCGCGAUAGCGGAUCUCAUGAAGUCACUUGUCGUAGUCGAAUACACAAAGGGCGAAACGGGUCUUCCCGAUAAGCUCGUGGAAAUUGCGCGACAUUACCAGAUUACAUGGGCGACAGCCGUGGCAGAGGUAGAUACGAAUAUGUAUCUUGAAAGCGAUGCAGAAGGUAACCUAAUCGUUUUGUACCGCGAUCCAAACGGUGUCACCGAUGAUGACAAGAGAAGGCUGAAUAUCAGCUCCGAGAUGCUACUCGGCGAGAUGGUGAAUCGGAUACGCAGGAUAGAUGUUUUGACUGCCGCGGACGCAGUCAUUGUGCCAAAGGCUUUUGUCGGAACUGUCGAAGGCUCAAUUUACCUCUUUGGCCUCAUAUCACCAGACUACCAGAAUCUCCUCAUGACGCUGCAGGCCAACCUUGGUUCUCUCGUUGCCGCACCCGGUGACAUGCAAUUCGCCAAGUUCCGUGCGUUCAAGAACUCAGUGCGUGAAGAAGAAGAGCCCAUGCGGUUUGUCGAUGGAGAGCUGAUUGAGCGGUUCUUGGAUGUGAGCGAAGAAGUGCAGAGCAAGGCAAUUGAUGGUUUAGGAGUGGAGCUGGAAGAAGUAAAGGGAUUGAUUGAAGCGUUGAGACGUCUGCAUUAA